AUGUGGAUAUUACCGUUGCUUGGAUAUGUUGGCCUCAUAUUGGGGUUUGCCUUCUUGACGCUGGCAAUAGCUUCUGGGCUUUACUACCUUUCCGAGCUCGUGGAAGAGCAUACUGUACUGGCAAAGAAACUUCUAUAUCGUCUCAUCUAUGGAGUUGUUGGCGUUCAGUUUCUCCUACUUGUCGUCGACAAGUUCCCCGUCGGGCUAAGUCUGUUGAGCAUUGUGUCGCACGGCAUAUAUGCCCAGAACCUUAGACGCUUCCCAGUCGUCAAGCUCACCGACCCGUUAUUCUUACUAUCCUGCGCGCUCGUCAUUGUAAAUCAUUACCUUUGGUUCCGUCACUUCAGUGCUCCGCCUGUCAACUCCUAUUCUUCAUAUCCUUACGCACGCGACACGAAUAUCCCUACAUUUACCGAGAUCGCUGCAUACUUUGGGCUAUGCGUCUGGCUCGUUCCCUUCGCUCUUUUCGUUUCCCUAUCUGCUGGCGAGAACGUUUUGCCCUCGAUGGGCUCCGAGUACGCGACCGGCGAUGGAAGCAGUUAUAUCAACCCAGGAAAAGCGCCCGAUUCGUAUGGAAGUGGUUCGGGCGUUGGAGUGAGUGGAAUGCAGGGAAAGAGACGGGCGAGGAGUGGGACGAAUGCGGGAAUGGCAAAAGCCGUUGUCACUGGUGUCAAGGAGUGGGUUGGGGAAACUGGAGAAGUCAUGGGAUUUUGGAAGGGCGAGAGAACGAGACCCACUUUCUAA